GCCUGGUGCGUCCGGGAGCGCGAACGCCCCCGGUGCCUUUCGGAGCUCCGCGCCGAGCCGCCGCUGUCCCCGGUACCCGAGUAGCAUGUCGUCCCCGGCGUCGACCCCGAGCCGCCGCGGCAGCGGGCGCGGGCGGGCCACCCCCGCGCAGAUGCCUCCAAGCGACGAUACCAGGUCAUCUCCAUCUCAUAGACGUCGAGGGGAAGAUUCCACCUCUACAGGAGAGCUGCAGCCGAUGCCCACCUCCCCUGGAGCCGACCUGCAGAGCCCGGCCGCGCAGGAUACACUGUUUUCCAGCCCUCCUCAGAUGCAUUCUUCAACUAUUCCUCUUGAUUUUGAUGUUAGUUCACCGCUGACAUAUGGCACUCCCAGCUCUCGUGUAGAGGGAACCCCGAGGAGUGGUGUUAGGGGCACACCUCUGAGGCAGAGGCCUGACCUGGGGUCUGCACGGAAGGGCCUGCAGGUGGAUUUGCAGUCCGAUGGGCCAGCAACAGAAGAUAUCAUGGCAAGUGAGCAGUCUCUAGGGCAAAAACUUGUGAUUUGGGGGACAGAUGUAAAUGUGGCAACGUGCAAAGAGAAUUUUCAGAGAUUUCUUCAGCGUUUUAUUGACCCUCUGGCUAAAGAAGAAGAAAACAUUGGCAUAGAUGUUACUGAACCUCUGUAUAUGCAACGACUUGAGGAGAUUAAUGUUAUUGGGGAGCCAUUUUUAAAUGUAAACUGUGAACACAUAAAAUCAUUUGACAAAAGUCUGUACAGACAGCUCAUCUGUUACCCACAGGAAGUUAUUCCAACUUUUGACAUGGCUGUCAAUGAAAUCUUCUUUGAUCGUUACCCUGACUCGAUCUUAGAACAUCAGAUUCAAGUAAGACCAUUCAACGCAUUGAAGACUAAGAAUAUGAGAAACCUGAAUCCAGAAGACAUCGAUCAGCUGAUCGCCAUCAGUGGCAUGGUAAUCAGGACGUCCCAGCUGAUUCCAGAGAUGCAGGAAGCCUUCUUCCAAUGCCAGGUGUGCGCCCACACAGUGCGGGUGGAGAUGGACCGUGGCCGCAUCGCUGAGCCCUGCGUCUGUGAACGCUGCCACACCACUCACAGCAUGGCGCUGAUCCACAACCGCUCCGUGUUCUCCGACAAGCAGAUGAUCAAACUUCAGGAGUCUCCUGAAGACAUGCCUGCAGGGCAGACGCCUCACACUGUCAUCCUGUUUGCUCACAACGACCUUGUCGACAAGGUCCAGCCUGGGGACAGAGUGAACGUUACAGGUAUCUAUCGGGCUGUUCCUAUUCGGGUCAAUCCAAGAGUGAGUAAUGUGAAGUCUGUCUACAAAACCCACAUUGAUGUCAUUCAUUAUCGGAAAACUGAUGCAAAACGUCUGCAUGGCCUUGAUGAAGAAGCAGAGCAGAAGCUUUUCUCAGAGAAGCGUGUGGAACUGCUUAAGGAACUUUCCAGAAAACCAGACAUUUAUGAAAGACUUGCUUCAGCCUUAGCUCCAAGCAUUUAUGAACAUGAGGAUAUAAAGAAGGGAAUCUUGCUUCAGCUCUUUGGCGGAACAAGGAAAGAUUUUAGUCACACAGGAAGGGGCAAGUUUCGUGCUGAGAUCAACAUCCUACUGUGUGGUGACCCUGGGACCAGUAAGUCCCAGCUGCUGCAGUACGUUUACAGCCUGGUGCCCCGGGGCCAGUACACGUCUGGGAAGGGCUCCAGUGCAGUUGGCCUCACCGCGUACGUCAUGAAAGACCCUGAGACAAGGCAGCUUGUCCUGCAGACUGGUGCCCUUGUCCUCAGUGACAAUGGCAUCUGCUGCAUUGACGAGUUUGACAAGAUGAAUGAAAGUACAAGAUCAGUACUGCAUGAAGUCAUGGAACAGCAGACUCUUUCCAUUGCAAAGGCUGGGAUUAUUUGUCAGCUCAAUGCACGCACCUCUAUCCUGGCAGCAGCAAAUCCUAUCGAGUCUCAAUGGAAUCCUAAAAAAACUACCAUUGAAAAUAUCCAGCUUCCUCACACGUUACUAUCAAGGUUCGAUUUGAUAUUCCUCAUGCUGGACCCUCAGGACGAAGCCUACGACAGACGUCUGGCUCACCACCUUGUUGCUCUGUACUACCAGAGCCAGGAGCAGGUGGAGGAGGAGUUCAUGGACAUGGCAGUGCUGAAGGACUACAUUGCCUACGCUCACAGCACAGUCAUGCCUCGGCUGAGCCAAGAAGCCAGCCAGGCUCUCAUCGAGGCUUAUGUAGACAUGAGGAAGAUUGGUAGUAGCCGAGGAAUGGUUUCUGCAUACCCUCGACAGCUGGAAUCGUUAAUUCGUUUAGCGGAAGCCCAUGCAAAAGUACGAUUUUCAAACAAAGUGGAAGCAAUUGACGUUGAAGAGGCCAAACGCCUCCAUCGGGAGGCUCUGAAGCAGUCUGCAACUGACCCCCGGACUGGCAUUGUGGACAUAUCUAUCCUUACUACAGGAAUGAGUGCCACAUCUCGUAAACGGAAAGAAGAGUUAGCUGAAGCAUUGAAGAAACUUAUUUUAUCCAAGGGCAAAACACCAGCUCUAAAAUACCAGCAACUUUUUGAAGAUAUUCGGGGACAGUCUGACAUAGCGAUUACCAAAGAUAUGUUUGAAGAAGCACUGCGUGCCUUGGCUGAUGAUGACUUCCUGACAGUAACUGGAAAAACCGUUCGCUUGCUCUGAAGCUCUUGUGAGCAGUGCUGUGGGGAUGCGGGCCAGUCAGCUGCCACCGCUGCCAUCUGUGGAAAUAGAUUCUUCAAGUCAUUAUUUGGCUCCAUAAAAAUUUUCUAACCUAGAUUCCAUUUUCAAAGUGAAGUGUAUGUUUUCAUUUCUUUAACAUUUUAAGUAACAGUACUGUGCUGGUUUACAAACGUAUACAGUAGAGGUUAUUUUCUUGAAGUGCCAUUUCUUUAGCACCAGGGCUUUUAAUCUGUAUUUCUAUGCAGAUAGCAGGAUGUCGGUCUUUUCUGGAGUUGGCAGUCUGGGUCUGGGUCAUGGGGUUUGUAUUGGACUUUCUAAUGGCAAUCACCCUCAUGUUGAGGUUUUUGUAAUAUGAGCUAAGACUUAGUGAUGGCAUAUCGUUCUGUGUGAGGUAAUGAAGGACCAUAGCCUUUCUCCCUGUUUCAACUCUCAAGUGUGAUUCCUUCUAGAGGCUUGUUCUCAAGGCCACUAUAAGAUGGAAAUGAGUGGUUGGAAAUAAUUAGCUUAACUUCUACUCCUUUAUCCUUAUAUGUAAAACUUUUUCCUAAAUAAAUGAUAGAAUAAGUAAUA